AUGCGAUUCCUCUGCCUGCAUGGUUUAGGCACCAAUAGCGAGAUAUUCUCAGCCCAGACAGUGUCCCUCCGCUACGAGAUGGAAGAAGGCCACACGUUCGACUUCGUGGAAGGCACCAUCCCAGCAUCUCCCGCCCCAGAGACGACGUCGUACUAUCCCGACGCAGCCGCACACUUCAACUACUUCGAUCUAAACUCCGUGUCGAGCAUGCAACUCGCAUUGGAGCAGCUCGACGAGUACGUCAAGCUGCAGGGGCCGUACGAUGGUGUCAUUGCGUAUUCUCACGGCGCCGCGCUCGUCGCUACUUACAUCGUUGCCCAGACACUGGGGCUGGGGCUGAACGAUGACGGUACACCCCGAGCCCAUCCCUUCAAGUGUGCGAUUUUCAUAUCAGGGGCCCGCCCCGCCGAUCCAAAGGCUCUGCAACAGGGUGAGCUGCGGCUGCUCAAUGCGGAGCAGGACGGCGUGUUACUGCGGCUUCCUACGGCGCAUAUCUGGGGCACGAACGACGCGUUGUACCCGGACACCAGUGAGUAUCUCAGUCAACUGUGUGAUCCUGAGUCCAGGGCCGUGUUUCUGCACGAAGAGGGGCACAAUGUACCGAGCGGUAAGGCGAGGGAGGCUGUGUUGGGAGCUAGCAAAGCCAUUCGGCGGACUGUCGACAAGGCUAUGGCUGUGGUACUCUGAUACUAUUAGAGAUGAGCGUUAUAGUGAUACGAAUUAUGCCAAGGGGAUUUGUACCAACGGUGCUGUGGAACAUCGGCGUACCUAAAGGGAAGUCAUUGAAACGUCCGUUAUUU